AUGUCGUCGGAGGAUAAAUAUGAAACUCUCGAGAAGAUUGGCCAUGGCUCCUUUGGCAUCAUCCGCAAGGUUCGCCGCAAGAACGACGGCUUCAUCCUGUGCCGGAAAGAAAUCUCGUACCUGCGAAUGUCCCAAAAAGAGCGAGAACAGCUGCAUGCCGAGUUUCAAAUCCUUUCCCACCUCCGACACGACAACAUCGUCGCCUACUACCACCGAGAGCACCUCAAGGCCAGCCAGGACCUGCAUCUCUAUAUGGAAUAUUGUGGCAACGGAGACCUUGGGCGGGUCAUUAAGGAUCUGCAACUAAGAGGGCAACGAGCUCAGGAGAGCUUCGUCUGGAGCAUCUUCAGCCAAUUGGUGCUUGCGUUGUACCGUUGUCACUAUGGCGUUGACCCGCCAGAGGUUGGCACAAAUAUUCUUGGUCUUACACAGGGCGGAGGAUCUGCACCAAAAACGCCUGCUGGGGCGAUGACAAUUCUGCAUCGCGAUCUCAAGCCCGAGAACGUAUUCCUGGGGGAAGAUAACUCGGUCAAGCUUGGGGACUUUGGUCUUUCCAAGAUGAUCAAGUCUCAAGACUUUGCCUCGACCUAUGUUGGGACGCCAUUCUACAUGUCCCCCGAAAUCUGUGCGGCCGAGAAAUACACACUCAAGUCGGACAUUUGGGCACUGGGCUGCAUCAUCUACGAACUCUGCGCUAAAGAGCCUCCCUUCAACGCCAAGACACACUAUCAGUUGGUCCAGAAGAUCAAGGAAGGCAAAGUGGCCCCGCUGCCUGAGAUAUACUCGCCGGAGCUGAACCAGGUUAUCCGAGAUUGCCUCAAGGUGAACCCUGACCGCCGUCCCGAUACGGUUCAGCUGUUGAACUUGCCCGUGGUCAAACUGAUGAGGAAAGAAAAGGAAGUGGUGGAUUUUAACAAGUCUCUCACCUCGCGAGAAGAGAUGAUUUGCCGGCGAGAACGGGAGUUGAAUGACCGCCUGCUUGCCUUUGAAAGAGAAAAGCAACAGAUCCGCGAUAACGUCGACGCUUCGCUUCGUCUUGAAUGGGAGGUAAAAGCACGCUUGGAGAUUGAUCGCUUGGUGAAUAUAGAGCUAGAGAACUUGCAAAAGAAGUUUGAGGAAGAGGUCAAGAUCCGGGUCGACGCUGAAUUGGCGAAGAAGGUCGUCACCUUUGCGGAAAAGGAGGAAGAGAAGCACAUUGACGACUACGCUUCAUCUGUGAACAAAUCCGAUUACCCGCAAUCAUCCAUUGGAGCGAGCGGAGACGAAUAUCCUUCGACAACGGACAUUAGCGAAUACUCGAUGGAUAGCCCCGACUCCUCUAAGGAGGUGAAGAAGACUGCCCGAACACCAUUUGCCCGGGCCCAAACUAUGUUUGCUGGGCCAGUAGGCACGCCAAUGGACAUUGUGAUGGCAUCGCCCAGCCCGAUUGCCAUUGCCUCCCUUUCCCUCUCACCACGCCGAAACGGCGCCACCAAGGCGCCAACUGCUAAGCCAGGCAACAUAUUUGCUGCUGCAGCCGCCGGGGGUGUGGACGCACGAUGGGAACUUCACCGCGAGCCCAUCCUGGUGGACUCGGAUGACGAGGACCUCUGCCCGUCGCCCACGAGGCUCAUCAAGUCGUCCAAGAACCCGUUCAAGACGCGGCCGGUUCUUACCUCGCAAAAGUCGUGUCCCGUCAACCGGGUAAAACCAACGGGCUCCAACAUCAAGGCCACAGCCUCGCAGCCAGACCUCAUCCCCCGUUCCCCUAGCCGUAGCCCGACCAAGAUUCCCGUGGCCAACUCGGGCGACGUACCGGCAGGCCCGGGCGGGGUCCGCGAGGGGCUAUCGCGUGCCCGUUCAGUCAAGAAGGAACCCGCCGCCGCUGCCGCUACCGCCCCGGCUGCCCCCAACCAGGCAGGCGGCGACAUGCUGGGCAAGAUGGCGGCCAAAAACAACCUCCGCGGCCGGAGCCUUGUGGAGCUGCAGCAGGCGCGGGCGGGCGGGCGACCGUUGAGUGCGUUGGGCAGCGCGCCUGGAUCCGAAAACGUGAGCCCCAAGAGAGCUGCCGCUUUCCGGGAACGAAUGGCCGCUGAGCGCCGCGAGUACGAGGACGCUGUCGCCGUCUGGGACCCUGAUCGAGACGAGAUGCCCAGCCCGUUUCUCAACCGUCGACGAAACAUGAAAGUCUUGACGUGA